UACCAAACCUGCCCACUGGUAAUUCAUUUGUUUGGAAUGCCUAAAUGUUUUUGAAUUUUUUACUUUGACUUGACAGAAGUAAUUUUUCGAAAAGCAAAUUCGAUCCGAUGGUAAUAUUUUUGAAAGGUGUUGCACUAAAAGAAUAGUAUCUAAAGUAAAAAGAUACCUUUUACUCAAUUCAUAUUGCACUUCAGGUUUUAUGUGUGGUUUCAACUGUAAUGUUGUUGAGGAAGAGAAGAUUCUUUAAGAGUUAAAAUUGAGUGUGACAAAAUGGAUCUUUACUGUCACAACAUCUGUAUCAAUCUUUUCAUUGGCAGCAUUCUACCAAUUUUAAUAUGUACUUUGUGUCACUUUAAUGUAAUUUCCUUAAUAGCUGCCAAAUUAUUACUUCUGGUAUUUGUCGUCCUCUUUGUGGUAUUGCCGUUAAUUUUUAAAUUUUCGUAUAAAUUCCAGAGUUCACUGCUAUUUUUAAAUUUCGUACAUGUUCCAUACAACGCAAAUUACGCUCAUCCUGAAAAAUAUGGGCUUGCGAAUGCCAGGAAUUUCUACCUCAGAACUGACGACGACAUGACAUUAGGAGUAUGGCAAAUUCUUCCUAAUAGUUUAGAAAACGGAGUUGAUAAUAAGACUGAUGAUGAACAGUAUUAUGAGAAUGUUCUGGGAGACGGCCAAGAUGUUAUUAUUUAUUUGCACGGCAACGCUGGUACGAGAUUGUCGGGACACAGAGUUGAAUUGUACAAAAUUUUAAGAAGGUUCUUUCAUGUUAUAGCAUUUGAUUAUAGAAGCUAUGGAGAUUCGACGAAUGAUUCGCCGUCCGAAACAAAAUUGGUGUCCGACUCUAUUUUUAUAUACAAUUGGGUUGCUAAUAGAACCAAAGGUAACCUCUACGUUUGGGGACAUUCUUUAGGGACCAGCUUAGCUUUACAUUCUUUGUCCAUUUUACAAAAAUUGGAUAUCCAGCCUAAAGGUGUGAUAUUAGAGGCGCCAUUUAAUAAUAUGAGAGAAGAAAUUAGUGAGUUUCCACUAGCUCGAAUGUUUAAAUAUUUACCUUGGUUUCAAUACACUGUAACUGAACCGCUUAUAGAAAAUGGUUUCACCUUUGAAAGUGACAGAUUCAUUUGUAGAGUCGAUGCUCCUAUAUUAAUACUGCACGCAGAAGACGAUCACGUAGUUCCCAUAAAAUUGGGUAAAAAGUUGUAUCAUGAAGGAGAACAUUGCAGAAGAAAAACGCAGGGUAAAUUAAUUUUCCAUCAAUUUGAAGGCAAACAUAAAUAUGAACACAAAUAUAUCUGUAGAUCGCCAGAAAUUAAUGAUAUAAUAAGGGAUUUUAUUAAGGAAACCAAACAAAGGUGAACUGAUAACGAAAGGAGCUUUGUUAUUCUUUCGCCGGUCAUCGUAAUUAUGCUCAGUGACAGCAGCUGUGAUUUUUAUAAUUACUGUUAGUUAAAUAAUAGAAUGAAUCCAAAUGUGUCAUUAGAUUGUAAUAAAAACUAUUUUGAUUAGUCUGAAAACAUUCUCAUUU